AGUAAGCAAAAUGACUAUCAAGCUCUGUUGGGUCUUUGCUGCCCUUGGUUUGAUUUGGCUGCUGCAGAUCUCCCCAUGCGACGCCGGGCCAAGGCACGCGAAGCAAUUAAUUUCCUACUUCAAGCGCAUGAAGCUCGACCAAACGAAGAACCGGGUCUACCAGCAUGACGUGAAGAACGGGCUUCGUGUGCAUCUGCGUGGGCCUCUGCUGCAGAAAGCGUUAUGUUUACCCAAAGGCACAAAGCUUUCUUCCGAUUGUUUGAACCGUAUGGUCGAUAAGGCACGACAGCACGAGAACAAAUUUUACGCACAGUUCACAUACGCCUGCAAGACAAAUGCCGAGUAUUCCGCCAAAUGUUUAGACUCGGGGCGACCCGUGUACUAUCGCGCUCUGAAGCAACUUGCCAAAGAAACGGAGCGGUGUUGGAAAUUGUAAUUAUUAGCUGAUUUGCAACAGGAACCAUCGAAAUAGAAACAAUGAGGCUUAACGAAUACAAUCAUUCCUUACAAAAUGUUUGU